UACUGUUUUAUUCAGCAAGCAUAUGUAGAUGGCUAAGCUGAAUGCCAAUUAUGAUAUCUGAAAUUAUUCAGCAAUAAUGUGUGCACAGCUUGGUUCCCAUAUCUAAAUUUCUACACUCUGCUAUUAUUGAUCUCUUCAUUCAAGAUUUGUGGUCAGAUUGCAGGUGCCCAAGCCACUGUGUCACUCACAGGAGAGACGCGUGGCUCAGGUAUGCUGCAGGCCCCAUGGUAAGUGCUGCCCCCACAGUGUGGCGCCCAGUGCUCCCCUACCUACACCUCUGCAUAGUGAAAGGAGAGUACAUACACAUCCAACAUCACCAAAAAGCUCGCAUUUGGGGAGCAGAUCUAAUAAUCUGUGUUACUGUAAGGCUGACAUUGUGCAGCCCCAUUUGCAGGAUUAGUAGUAUUGCAUUACAAUCCUGGAUUUGCAUGCAGAAUGAGGUGGGGAGCAAAAAAGAAGGCAGUUUGCACAAUAGCAGUCACCAUGACAGAAAGGGGUGAAGGUGAAAAUGGAGGUGCAAUGGGGGUUGUAAAAAAACAAGGGAGUGAGAGGUAUGGUAAAGCUGUUGAAGAUUAAAGCAGGGGCAUGAAAGGGUUUGAAGAAUAGAAGGGGGUGGUAACUUCAUGAUGGGAUGCAAGGUAAAAGUGUCUGGGAAGAGGAAGAUGCAGGAGGUUACCAUGGUGGUGGUUUGUGUGCAAAAGGGUGCACAAAGGCAGUGGGGAGAUGAAGGUGAAAAUGGAUGCAAAAGGGAACCUCAGAAGUGAAGGAGAAAGUGGCUUCAGAAAUGGGUUUGGGAAGGUGGAAAGUGAUCAUAGUAAUUGCAUGGGGUAGGAAGGGGAUGCUGUAAGGGCAAGUGGAAUGAGCAGAGGGGCGACCCCUAGUGAAAUAUAAAGUGGCAAAAUGCUUAACAGUUUUUCUAAAGUGCGUUUUGCAGGUCAUAUAUCCUAGAGACGACCCCACUGAAAAGUCAAAUCUAUUAUAAGUCUCAUUGGAUAAUGUUAAGGGGCAAAAUGCUUAGUAGUAAGGAGUUGCUCAAGUUCCUAAUUUAGUGUUUGAAUGCCAUAGUAUUGUGUUGUUUUGUGCAAUCAGCUUUUUACUGUGGAAAUCAUUUUGGUGUGAACAUGUCUAUUUGCUAUCAAGGUAAGACACUCAUCAGAAAAGAACUCCAAGUGAACAGAAAAUUAGGAAAAAAUAUAAUUAUGAAACCAGUUUAAUGUAUCAGUUGAGACUUCAGUUACUUGUAGCAAAUUGUGAUUGAAGUACCAUAACUCUUAUAGAGUAAAUAUGAAAUCAGUUACCCAGUCCUUGCUGGCAAAUAAAAAAACAGCUCAUUAGCUGAGGAAAAUCCUCACCCUAGAACCAGCCCAGGGGUUUUAAUCUCUUACGGUCAGUGCUUUUUUUCUAAAAAAAUGUUUAGGGGUACUCUCAUUUUCCUACUCAUUGAAAUACUGCCUCUCAAUGAGGCCAAACUUAGAUUCACAAAAUGUUUAGGGGUAUGUGUACCCCGGCGUCCCCCCAUAAAAAAAGCAUUGCUUUGGGUAGCCAGCAACUUUUUGAAAUUACCAUUUGAAAUUGUACACUAAGGAUUGCAAGAUUUCUUCCAAAGUUGUCCCCAGGGUAGACUGCCGAAAAUAGAGGAGCUACUAACAAAAUAGAUUGCAAUUCCUUUGGGAAUCUCUUCUCUCAUGACCUUACGUGUCUCCAUUACAUUCUCUAAUCCAGUAUGAGGUAGUAAAUGAAAGGCUACUUUCUGAGAACUUAGGCAUGUAUAUAUAUUUUUAAACAGAGCCCUAUCUAUCCCAAAAUUGAUUUGUUUGAAGUACAUUUCCACAACAAAACUAAAAACUGGAGCAUUUGCUUCACAUAUCUUUCUGGUUAAUAAGCUAACAUCAUCAAUAAGAUUUGUGUAAAACUAGUAGACACAGUAGUUCUGAUGGUUACUUUCUAUCUCUAAAGUUUGAGAACUUUCAGGACCAUGCUUAGUCAACAGGUUGAGAAACAAGCUCAUGAGAGCCACAGAUUAUGUUUUGCACGUUGAUGGAUACAGAUGAAAGCAGCCUGAUAGCAAUGGUGCUGGACAAUGAAGCUUCCUGGUGUUUGAAAAGCUUGAGAGCCUCUGUUGCAAGUGCUGUUUGUUGUUGACAACCUGUAUUUUAUGUAGAUUGUUUCCAUGUGACUUUCUUGUGGCUCUUUGUGGCUCCAAAUUUGACAACAUUCUGCUUGUUGCCCACUCCUAUCCCCAUUGAACGUGUGUGUGCAGGGUGGGGAGUGAGUUUUCAAAGGAAUGAUAAGUUUUUGCUUGCUUUCUAUGCUAUUUUGCUUGCCUAGGGAAGAAAAAUGGAGGCUUCUCUGCUUGUUGCUGAAAAUGCAUAUGAAAAUAAGCAAAGGAAGAUAAACCUGACCAUCAGAAAUUCUUCAGGUAUGAUGAUUUGACUUUAUAAGAACCCUAAGUAACCAUGAUGGCAACGCAGACAUUAACUAUAGACAACUAUCAAGAUGGGCAACAAAUGCAAGUAGUAACAGAAUUAAAAACUGAGCAGGAUCCAAACUGCUUGGAAGCAGAUGCAGGAGGAUUGAGUCCUUCCCCGGUAGAGUCCCAGACUCCGAUGGAUGCAGAUAAGCAGGCUAUUUACAGACAUCCACUGUUCCCCUUAUUAGCACUAUUAUUUGAAAAAUGUGAACAAUCCACACAAGGCUCAGAAGGCACAACGUCUGCAAGUUUUGAUGUAGAUAUUGAAAACUUUGUUAGGAAGCAGGAGAAGGAAGGAAAACCAUUUUUUUGUGAAGAUCCAGAAACAGAUAAUCUAAUGGUAAAGGCAAUUCAGGUUCUACGAAUUCAUCUGCUUGAGCUAGAAAAAGUUAAUGAGCUCUGUAAGGAUUUCUGUAGUCGCUAUAUUGCCUGUCUGAAAACAAAAAUGAACAGUGAAACUCUGCUAAGUGGAGAAUCUGGGAGUCCUUAUUCACCUGUACAACCCCAGUCCAGCAACUUUAAACAUGAUAGAGAUAGCUUGGAUUUGCUGGAGCAGCUGUCUUCAUGGAAAGAGUCACCAGAAAAUCCAAUUCAAAGUGCCAUCACAGGUACGCUCAGUCCCCAGGGGAUUAUGGUACCUGCAUCAGCCUUGCAGCAGGGAAAUGUAACUAUGGCAACCGUUGCAGGUGGUACGGUGUAUCAGCCAGUGACUGUGGUCACACCUCAAGGUCAAGUAGUGACACAAGCUUUGUCACCUGGAACCAUCAGGAUCCAGAAUUCACAGCUCCAGUUACAAUUAAACCAAGAUUUAAGCAUCUUGCAUCAAGAUGACGGGUCAUCAAAAAAUAAAAGAGGAGUUCUUCCAAAGCAUGCUACAAAUGUGAUGAGGUCUUGGCUUUUCCAGCACAUAGGGCAUCCAUAUCCAACAGAGGAUGAGAAAAAACAGAUAGCAGCACAAACCAAUCUGACAUUACUUCAGGUUAACAACUGGUUUAUCAAUGCUAGAAGACGAAUUCUUCAGCCAAUGUUGGACUCCAGCUGUUCUGAAACUCCAAAAACAAAGAAGAAAACAGCGCAAAAUCGACCAGUUCAAAGGUUCUGGCCAGACUCCAUUGCAUCAGGAGUAGCUCAGCAUCAAUCAAAUGAACUUACAAUGUCAGAUGGAGCCGUUGUAACAAUUACAGCCCCAGUCAACAUGAAUGUAGACAGUCUGCAAUCUCUUUCGUCUGAUGGUACUACUUUGGCUGUUCAACAAGUCAUGAUGGCAGGGCAAAGUGAGGAUGAAUCUGUGGACAGCACUGAAGAUGACGGAGCAGACCUCUCAACCACAAACAUCAGUGGGCUGGUCUUGGAUAACAGUGAUUCUCUGCAAUAGGAAGCAAGAGAAUCUGGCCUAAAUAUAUAGGAAAACAAUAGACUGACUGACUUUUUAUAGUUUGCACAGCAAACAUUUUACACAAGUUUUAUUUCUAAUAUGUUUUAUAUGUAGAUAUAGAAGAGUGCACUUUUUGUAUUUCAUAGUCUGCUUAAAGAGUGUCUUUACAGGUGCAGCAACUUCUUUCAAAUGUGUUGUUUUUGGUUUUGGUUUUGAAAUUCUAGUAAUUUAAGAGAGAGAGAGAAAAAACAUAAUCACCCCAUUAUUUUCUCAGGGUAAUUUUUUCACUCACAAAAUUGAUCCCAGAUUCCCCUAAUGAGGGAAUGGGGGGGUCAUGGGACUGCAGUCCUGAGGGAAAGAUGAUGGAUGCCUCGUGGGUGAGUUAACUUUACAUUAGCAUGGGUUUAAAUAUAUACCCAUCACACAAUCAUCAUCUUACUCAAUGGUUGCUGUUGUCUAUCAUCAUCUCUGCUGCAGUUUUGUGACAUAUGAAAUUGCCCUGGUGGGAGAAUUUGAAAGUACUUCAGUCUCCUGGAGAGUUAUGCAAUUAGUCCUGUCAUUUUAAGAUUACUCUAGGUGGUUUAACAAUGUAAAUGUAAAGCAUGUCAGACUAGUGUUUGGGAUUUGUUUAUGAAGUUAGCCAUGUAGAUUUGAAAGAUGCUUCUGCACCUUAAAAAAAAAAAAACCUGCCAGUCUGAAAUGGGCAACAAAACACAUAAAAGAAAGUGGAAACGUGUGAGUCAGUAACGAAUGUAUGGCAUUUAAAAUGAACUUAAUUUCUCAUUUAGUUGUUCGGUGGAAACCCUAGAUUCCCCCUGUACCUUUGGAUUUUGUCACUGACACAGCUGCUACUUGUCGUUUUAUCCACCUGCCUUGUGGCAUGCUGGAAUCCUACUUGAAAUAUUUGGGGUUAAGAUGGCGGGGAGGGCAACAAAGGAAGUGGAAUGGGCAAAAGAAGCAGUGAGUGUCCCAAUUCAGUGGUAGAUUUAAUGGUACAAGGGGGAUUUCUGGAUUGCAACUUAGCAGCUCUACUCAUAGCUAGUGAGUCUGUUCAUAAUUUGCUAUAAAACACUUAUUUUUACCUUAUCAGGUUAUCGGAGUAAAAUAUUUUUAUAAAUUCUCUAAGAAUUGGGAUGAUGACUGUAUUGAGCAUGAGAAAAAUGUUUAGUACUCCUAUUUGGAAGGUUAUGAAAACAGUCCAAAUUGAAUAAACAUGCCUAUGUCAUAUUCUAUGGAUCUCUGCUAUCCCAUAGUGGUACAGCCUAUUGUGGCAUAAAGUGGUGAUGUGAGAAGGACCCAGUCCCUAAUGGGGUCUUGGUUAUUGUUAAGCAUUGAUUUGUGUUCCGUAUAAACUAAUGUUACAUUUCA